AUGGCCGAUAACUACUCUUUCGAAUAUUUCACCGUGCGAUUCCCCGCCGACCACCAAUAUGUGGCCCACGUGGAGAUUAACCGUCCAGAAAGGCUGAACGCCUUCAUGGAAGUGAUGUGGGAGAAUAUGAGCAAGAUUUUCACUAAGCUUUCCACGGAUCCUAACGUUCGCGCGAUCGUCAUCAGCGGUGCUGGAAAGGCAUUCACCGCGGGGCUGGAUGUCAAGGCGGCUUCUGAAGGUCUUUUGUCACAAGACAAGAACGCUGAGCCAGCACGAAAGGCGACUAGUCUUCGUCGUCAUAUCACCACUUUCCAGGACUGUAUCACCUCAUUAGAACGCUGCGAGAAGCCCGUUGUGGCUGCCAUGCACGGGUUCUCGUUGGGCCUCGCCAUUGACCUGUCAACGGCCACGGACGUGCGUCUCUGUGCUCAGGAUGCCCGGUUUGCUGUCAAGGAGGUGGAUAUCGGAAUUGCAGCCGAUAUUGGCACCCUCAGCCGACUUCCCAAGGUGGUCGGAAACUACGGGUGGGUCAAGGAGGUGGCUUUGACAGCACGCGAGUUCGGUGCCGAGGAGGCGCUGCGUGUUGGAUUUGUCAAUGCAGUGUAUGAGAACCGGGCAGCCACUAUUACGGCUGCACUCAAACUCGCCGGCCUGAUGGCUAGCAAGAGCCCCAUCGCUGUCCAAGGUACUAAGGAGAUCUUGAACUUCUCGCGCGAUCAUUCGGUGCAAGAUGGACUGCGCUACACGGGCGUGUGGAAUAGCGCUGCUUUGCAGACACAGGAUGUGUCGGCUGCUCUGCUGUCGAGCUUGCAAAAGCGUACUCCGACAUUCGAGAAACUAUAG